CACACACACAUCGUCACUCACGCACACACACAGUCACAAAUAAGCCUACGCACACAGCCCGCUACACUAUUCGUGGCUGCUGUAAAUCAUGGAGGCUGCCUCCAUAGUAAACAGUUCGCCUAGAGACGUGUAGCUAACGCGCAGUGAGAGAGCUAACGUAAGCUUAGCGACCAACUGUCAGUCAACCAUGGAGGAUAUCUCAGCUGAGACCGACCCCUAUCUCCCUUACGACGGGGGAGGGGAUACCAUUCCCCUGCAGGAGCUGCCUAAAAGAGGAGUGGAGUAAUGCUGGAGUAGCCUGAUGCUGGAGUAAUGCUGGAGUAGCCUGAUGCUGGAGUAAUGCUGGAGUAGCCUGAUGCUGGAGUAAUGCUGGAGUAGCCUGAUGCUGGAGUAAUGCUGGAGUAGCCUGAUGCUGGAGUAAUGCUGGAGUAGCCUGAUGCUGGAGUAAUGCUGGAGUAAUGCUGGAGUAGCCUGAUGCUGGAGUAAUGCUGGAGUAGCCUGAUGCUGGAGUAGCCUGAUGCUGGAGUAUUGGUGGAGUAGUCUGAUACUGCAGUAGACAGGUACUGGAGUAGUGGUGGAGUAUCCUGAUGCUGGAGUAAUCUGAAACUGGAGUAGUGCCUAUGUGCACUAAACCCUGACGCUGAAUGGUCUCACUUUAGGCAUGUAACUGAACACACAAAGUGCACGUGUGUGUGUGUUGUGACCUCAUUGAUCAGUGUUGCUGUUGUGGUUGAAAUCAGUCCCUUGUAGAUUCUGUUUCCUUAGUGUUAUCAUUCAGCUGGAUGCUGUGUGUUAGCCUACACAGGUCGGUGAAAUCAAAACAUGAGGUGCCUGCUGCACUGCAGGACCAGGACCAAAUCUCCCCCCUGUGGAUUUCACUCACAAAUCAGGAUCUAACUACGUCAUGUCUAACGGGGGAGGGGUGCUGAGCAGCACCACCCACCUGCUGGACUUCCUGGAGGAGCCCAUUCCGGGGGUUGGCACCUACGACGACUUCCACACCAUCGACUGGGUCCGGGAGAAGUGCAAGGACCGGGAACGCCACCGCAAGAUCAACACUAAGAAGAAGGAGUCUGCGUGGGAGUUCACCAAGAGCCUGUAUGAUGCCUGGUCUGGUUGGCUGGUAGUGACGCUGACAGGACUGGCCUCAGGUGCCCUGGCGGGUCUGAUCGACAUCUCUGCUGAUUGGCUGAACGACAUCAAGGAGGGGGUGUGUCUGAAUGCCAUGUGGUUUAAUCACGAGCAGUGCUGCUGGGGCUCCAACGAGACCACUUUCGCUGAGAGGGACAAGUGUCCUCAGUGGAAGAGCUGGGCGGGGCUCAUCCUGGGCCAGGAAGAGGGUCCUGGUUCCUACAUCAUGAACUACUUCAUGUACAUCUACUGGGCUUUGUCCUUUGCCUUGCUGGCUGUGUUACUGGUUAAGGUGUUCGCCCCCUACGCCUGUGGCUCAGGCAUACCUGAGAUAAAGACCAUCCUGAGUGGGUUCAUCAUCCGGGGUUACCUGGGGAAGUGGACCCUGCUGAUCAAGACGGUGACCCUGGUGCUGGCUGUAGCGUCUGGGCUGAGCCUGGGGAAAGAGGGACCCCUGGUCCAUGUGGCCUGCUGCUGUGGAAACAUUUUCUCAUACCUCUUCCCCAAGUACAGCAAGAACGAGGCCAAGAAGAGAGAGGUCCUAUCUGCAGCAUCAGCAGCUGGGGUGUCUGUGGCUUUUGGUGCUCCCAUAGGAGGAGUACUCUUCAGCUUGGAGGAGGUGAGCUACUACUUCCCUCUGAAGACUCUGUGGCGCUCCUUCUUCGCUGCGCUAGUGGCAGCCUUCGUCCUCCGCUCCAUCAACCCGUUUGGCAACAGCCGUCUGGUCCUGUUCUAUGUGGAGUACCACACCCCCUGGUACCUGUUUGAGCUUAUCCCCUUCAUCCUGCUGGGGGUGUUUGGAGGCCUCUGGGGGGCCUUCUUCAUCAAGGCCAACAUCGCCUGGUGCCGAAGGAGGAAGUCCACCCGCUUCGGGAAAUACCCCGUCCUGGAGGUCAUCUUCGUGGCAGCCAUUACCGCCGUGGUGGCGUUCCCCAACCCCUACACGCGACAGAACACCAGCGAGCUGAUUAAGGAGUUGUUCACUGACUGUGGGCCGCUGGAGUCGUCCCAGCUGUGCCAGUACAGGAGUCAGAUGAAUGGGAGUAAGGCGUUUGGGGAUGCGUCGCCUAACAAGCCGGCGGGGCCCGGGGUCUACACAGCCAUGUGGCAGCUGUGCCUGGCGCUCGUCUUCAAGAUCAUCAUGACAAUAUUCACCUUCGGACUCAAGGUUCCGGCAGGCCUAUUCAUCCCCAGUAUGGCCAUCGGGGCGAUCGCCGGGCGGAUUGUUGGCAUCGCCGUGGAGCAGCUGGCGUACUACCACCAUGACUGGUUAGUGUUCAGGGAGUGGUGCGAGGUAGGCACCGACUGCAUCACCCCGGGACUCUAUGCCAUGGUGGGGGCCGCUGCAUGUCUGGGUGGUGUGACGAGGAUGACCGUGUCUCUCGUGGUUAUUGUGUUUGAGCUGACUGGCGGUCUGGAAUACAUUGUGCCCCUCAUGGCGGCCGUCAUGACCAGCAAGUGGGUGGGCGACGCCUUUGGGCGUGAGGGCAUCUACGAGUCACACAUCCGCCUCAACGGGUAUCCUUUCCUGGACGCCAAGUCAGAGUUCACACAUACCACACUGGCGCGGGAGGUGAUGCGCCCGCAGCGUAGUGAUCCGCCGUUAGCGGUGCUGACACAGGACGACCUGACGGUGGAGGAACUCCAGGUGAUCAUCAACGAGACCAGCUACAAUGGCUUCCCUGUCAUCGUCUCCAAGGAGUCUCAGAGACUGGUGGGCUUCGCCCUGCGCAGGGACAUCACCAUCGCUAUAGAAAACGCACGGCGAAAGCAGGAGGGUAUCCUGCUGACCUCGCGGGUCUACUUCACGCAGCACGCCCCCACCCUGCCCGCCGACAGCCCGCGGCCCCUCAAGCUGCGCUCCAUCUUGGACAUGAGCCCCUUCACCGUCACUGACCACACGCCCAUGGAGAUAGUGGUGGACAUCUUCCGCAAGCUGGGACUUCGCCAGUGUCUGGUGACACACAACGGGUAUUCUACUUUGUGCCUUGCACAACGACAGGAGAUGGUACAUGGGAUCAGAGAGCAACCUCCCGGUGUCAAUACCACAUUGUGCCUUGCACAACGACAGGAGAUGGUACAUGGGAUCAGAGAGCAACCUCCCGGUGUCAAUACCACAUUGUGCCUUGCACAACGACAGGAGAUGGUACAUGGGAUCAGAGAGCAACCUCCCGGUGUCAAUACCACAUUGCGCCUUGCACAACGACAGGAGAUGGUACAUAGGAUCAGAGAGCAACCUCCCGGUGUCAAUACCACAUUGUGCCUUGCACAACGACAGGAGAUGGUACAUGGGAUCAGAGAGCAACCUCCUGGUGUCAAUACCACAUUGUGCCUUGCACAACGACAGGAGAUGGUACAUGGGAUCAGAGAGCAACCUCCCGGUGUCAAUACCACAUUGUGCCUUGCACAACGACAGGAGAUGGUACAUGGGAUCAGAGAGCAACCUCCCGGUGUCAAUACCACAUUGUGCCUUGCACAACGACAGGAGAUGGUACAUGGGAUCAGAGAGCAACCUCCCGGUGUCAAUACCACAUUGCGCCUUGCACAACGACAGGAGAUGGUACAUGGGAUCAGAGAGCAACCUCCCGGUGUCAAUACCACAUUGCGCAUACAUUUUUUUCUACAUACAUGGAGACGCUGCCAACGGUUGGUCAUGGAAAUGUGGUUAAAAGUCACGGAGAAGUCAUGAAAUUCCAUCUGUCAAAAUGUGUUUGAACCCUGCAAAGAGAAUGUAUACUUUUUACUCGCAUACAUUUUCCGUGACACCCAAAAAAUACUCAUUACAUUUCGAAUGCUAAGGCAGGACAGCAAUAUGGUCCAAUUCUCGCACCAUCAAUAUAACGAGUUGUCGUCCCUGAUGCCUCUGAUCUGGCGGACUCCCUAACCACAUAUUGCUUUUGUAAAUGAUGAGUUUAAAAAAAAUCAUAUGGUUUGCUUAAUGUAAGGAAUUCCAUGUAUAGCAUUUACUUUUACUACCACUGAAAGGCAGUCAGUGUGUAAAUAUAUGUUUAGAGACGAGUGUUUUCAACGCCCCGUCAGGAGAGGAGAGCACUGAGAGUGAAUGAGAUUACAGAUGACAGCAGUCCUUUGUUUUUAGACUUCUCAUUUUAUCCUUUUUCUAUUGUUUGGUUCUCAAUGAAUUCAUCAUUCACUAUAUCAAUACAUAUAAUAGCCAAAACAUCAGACAUUUUUAAUGGAAUCCUUGGUAAUUUGCCUACCACACUUGAGUCUACUAUUCACAAGAUUAGAUACCAUUACAAAUCAAUAAGGAAGUUGUUGAAACUGACAAAGAUGAAUGAUAUGCAACGAUAACAGUAGUUGGCAUCCAACUGACACGCACUUAUACACACUCACCAUCAGUACAAGUGGUAUAUUUAUGGACAAGUAAAAUAUUGUUAAUUGAGCUUUUUUUUUUUAGCAAUACUAUUAGAAUAUAUUAGGUAGGUUGUGUUAUGAUUUGCCACUUUAUGAUGUCAUUAAGUUGUUUAUAUAAGUUAUUUUUUUGUGUACUAUGCUUUGUGCUGCUCUGUGUGUGUGUGUGUGACGGGCAGUCUCCUGAGUA